CUUAUUUAUGUCUUUCGGUAUGCAGCAGACCAAAAAUUCAUGUAUGGAAUUUAUUCCGGCAAAGAGGAUUUGAGCUGUACCACUCGGGGGCACUUACAUGCUUCACAUCCCCGCACCUUCCCCAAUUCCAUCCGUCUUCUCCAACUGAACCUUGAUCGAGAGCACUCUGGUAACACAAAGCCAACUCACACCAAAGUCGCUCACACAACUGAGCGACAGCCACCAAACAAGCACAAAACAACCUAAGCCCCCUCAUAUUUCCCACAUCCGCUUAACAAACAGGCAUAGACAGGACAGAGACAACCGACCUCAAAAUGACAAAGCAAACACCGGCCAUCGAGCUAGACGGCCGAACGGGGGAAGGCGGCGGACAGCUUGUGCGCAUAGCUUGCGCCCUGGCAGCAGUCGCUACUCUGCCCAUCCGCAUCACCCACGUCCGCGGCAAUCGCGAAGGAUCACGAGGCGGAGGCCUCAAAUCCCAACAUGUGACCGCCAUAGAGUACCUGGCUGCCGCCACCGCAGCUGAAGUCGAUGGUCUCUCGGUCGGUAGCCACACGCUAGAAUUCACUCCGAGGCUACGACCCUCCCAGCUCCAGAACCGCACCAUCAAGAUCAGCGCCGACUCACCCGCUGCCUCCACGCUCCUCAUCUUCCAGGCCAUCUUCCCUUUUCUGCUGUUCGCCGGCAACGAUAAAGGUGAGCCGAUAACGCUGAAAAUAUCCGGCGGGACCAACGUAUCGUUCUCGCUGUCGUUCGAGUAUCUGGACCAGGUUCUCCUUCCGGUUCUGCAGGACGCCUUCGGGAUUACCGUCCAGAGGAGGUUGAUUUCGCGAGGGUGGAGCUUGGGCAAACAGCAGAGAGGGACGGUGGAGUUCAAGUUCAGGCCCUUGAAGCCGGGUGAGACGAUCAAGCUCAAGGAGAGCUCCGUUUACGCGGGGGGAAAGUUGCUACCGACUGUGGACAACAUCGAGGAGAUUGACGUCUCAAUGAUAGUCCCUGCUGGGAUGCAUGAUACCCUGAGGAGUGAUCUCGAGGUCGCCCUGGGAGACCUGUUCUAUGGCGUGGAGGUCAACUACAAGAUCGUGGAGGAUAGUGGUGCUGAUUCAAGGAUAUAUGUCCUGCUCGUCGCCAAGGCGGGAAUGGUCCGCUGGGGCAGGGACAUGCUCAGAUCAGCGCCCAAGGCUAAGAGCAAGGGGGGCAACCGGCCCACGGUCCAGUUGUGCGCGGGCCUCGCGCAGGAGAUAGCUAGGGAGUUGUAUGACGAGGUAUCGGCCGGCGGGAUCGUGGAUGAGUUCUUGCAGGACCAGCUCGUCAUUUUCCAGGCAUUGGCCGAGGGUAAGACAUCGUUUCCCCGGGGCGAGGAUAAGAGCAGCCUUGAGCGAGCGAUGGAAGACCUGGGGAUCGAUGGGAAGAGGUUGCGCAAGGAGAAGACGGACCGGCCGAUCGGCGAAGGCAGUACGCACACGACAACGGCGCGGUGGGUGACGGCGCAGUUGCUGCCCCGUGUGGGGUGGUACAACAAGGGAUAUGUCUGCGAGGGCGUCGGCAUGCACAUGGCUAAGGCAGAAUGAGGGCGGUCUCUUGGUGAAACCCAUCAGUAAUGCGUUUUUGAUUUCGUCAUUCGGAAGGGCAGGGCUGAAUGCCUGACAGCGAUUUCUGGCCAGCGGAGCGUUAGUUUCUCAUACCGGAGCGGGAGCGUAAUGAGAAUAAAUAGAGCAUACCCAACGCAAUGCAUAGAAUUCAU